UGUAUGUGUAUACAUAUAUAUGUCAUCUAGUGUGUUUCGAAAAGUUCGUAUAAGAGCGAACUCGCGCAAACAGUAAGAAAGCGGUGCGCGAACGGUACCAUAAAAGGAGAUUACCCAAAAUUUGUACAAAUUUACGUAGGUUGUUGAAUUGUAAAUAAUAGUUUACUUCAAAAAUGGGUGAUUCUGAUUUGGAAGAAAUUCGCAAACAGAGAUUAGCAGAAUUGCAAUCUCAAUACAAGCCCAACAAUGAACAACAACAAGCAGCUGCGGAGGAAAAGCAACAACAAAUGGAAGACAUGCGAAAUUCCAUUCUAAGUCAAGUAUUGGAUCAAGCUGCCAGAGCAAGAUUAAACACUCUCAGUUUAGGAAAACCAGAGAAAGGAAAAAUGGUUGAAAAUAUGAUUUUAUCCAUGGCCCAACGGGGACAACUCUCAGGAAAACUUGGGGAACAGCAAUUAAUUAGCAUUCUAGAAAGUAUAAAUAAACAAACAAGUAAAAAAGCUACAACUGUCAAGUUUGACAGACGCAGAGCAGCAUUGGAUUCUGAUGAUGAUGACUUGUAAAACUUGCUGAAGAAUUAUUGAAAGUGUGUCUAUAUGGCAAAAAAAGUUUUACAUUCUAAUUUAAAUAUUAUGUAUAAAUGCAGGAUACGCUUAUAUCUAUGUUGUUUGGUUUUUGUAUGAGCAAUAAUAGUCAGGCAGCAGUUAAAGUCAAAUAUACAAUAUUCAUCUUUUAUACAAAUUCAGUAAAAUCUUGUUAUUAAUUUUAUUCAAUAACGAUAAGUACGCUUCCAAAAUACACGACAUAACACAUUUGCACAAUCUUCUUCACUUAAUAAAUUAACAGAAAUAUAUCCUCACAGCUUAUUGGAAUCAUGAAAUGCAAUUUAACAACUAACCAGUUUCUUUGUUCAUGAAAAGAUUUCUUUAGUCUUUCUUUAUAUGACUUGAUCCUUUAGUUUCUGAAAUACAAACGUUUUUUUAAUUAAAAA